AUGGCUUGCAUCGCCCCACCACCUGCUCGCUACCGCCGCGCGCUCCUCGUGAGCCUCGUCGUCUUCAUCGUCCUCGCGAUCGCCCUCGGGUACACUCGACUACUGUCGCUCGACAGCCUCCUCCCGACAGACAUGCAUAUCCCUGUGCUCCAGAAACCCCGUGGACGCACUGGCGCCGACCGCCCCAUGUCCUACGGCGAGACCGCCCGCCCGCCGUUCAAGGACCUCCCCCACCCGCUGGCGACACUCGAUCCGGCCCUCGUGCCUGCCGCCGACAACAAUCGCCGUCUCAUCAUCAUCGGCGACGUCCACGGCAUGCUCGCUCCCCUGGAAGCCCUCCUCAAGAAGCUGAACCACAACGCCGCGCCGGUAUCGAAGGGCGCCGAGAGCGCCAACUACGAUGACCACCUCGUCUUUCUCGGCGACAUGGUCAACAAGGGUCCCGACACGCCGGGCGUCAUCGACCUCCUCCUGCGGCACAACGCCUCGGCCGUCCGCGGCAACCACGAGGACCGCGUGCUCCUGACGCGCGCCGACCGCGCCACGCCCCGCGUAGCCGACGAGUCGGCCGGCGGCGACGAGGGCCCCGCGGCGCCCGACAACCUCGAGCAGCAGCAGAACGUCCUCUCCUCGAACCGCGGCAACAAGGCCGACCACGACUCGCUGCGCUCACUGGCGGCAAUGCACCUCAUCUACCUGUCAACUUUGGACGAACCCUGGGCCGCCAUGAACAUGCGCACCCUCACCUACCCGGCCGAGACGCUGCGCCGCGCCGACGCCCGCAAGACGCUCGUGCGCGCCGCCGCCGACGCCCUGCGCGCCUCGCCCGCCUACCGCACCCUCAAGGACAGCAGCCGGCUGCGGGACAAGAUCGAGACCGAGGCCCGCGCCGGCGUCACGGACGCCAUGGUGGACGACGAGUUUGCGCGCACGCGCAAGCCCGACGCCGACCGCCGCGUCGCCGUCCCGUCCGAGGCGCACGACGGCCACGCCUGGGCGCCCGUGUGGGACGCCGUGCAGAAGAGGGCCGAAACGGACGACGGCCGCGUCGCCGUCGUGUACGGCCACGACGCCAAGAGGGGGCUGCAUGUCGGGGCGUACGCGUUCGGCCUCGACUCGGGGUGCGUGCGCGGGGGCCAGCUGAGCGCGCUCGUCGUUGCGGCGCGCGGGGGCGGCCCGGUUGAGCACCAUGUUGUGCAGGUGGACUGCGAGAAGCCGGACAAGAGGCGUGAGCUUUGA